UAUAAAUCAAUCCAAUUUUUUUGAACCCAUCUCAAAUUCCUAUUCAAUUCAUCCCACCGUCAACUAAUCCCAAAUUACCAAAAGAACACACCGGACAAGAUCUCACCACCCAUAACUUACAAUAUGGCAUCCAAAAUCAACCUCGCCAUCCAACGACGCGUUAUGCCCACACUCAAGGCAGCUAUCACCCCAGCUGCCAGACUCGACACCCAGCAGUCGCGUCUCCUCUCAACCACCGCAGCCCUGAAUAAGAGACUUGCCCCCUCCGAGUACCGCUUCUCCUUAAGCAGAGCCCUCGAGGAACGCAAGACGCUCACCAAACCAAAGCCAAGCGCCUUCACAUGGCCUCGUCGGGCGAGCGGAAAAGAAACCCCCAGAUCUAGCCUCCUCAAUAGAACUCACCCCCUGAGAAGAGUCAAGGCUCCCAGCCCAAGCGUCAACGAAGCCAACAAGGCGGAGCCAAUGCAGAGCGCAAUCAUCCCCGCGUCUCCCAGAAAGAUGUCGACUCUCAAGAACAAGAUUUUUAGCGGCUAUGACGGAACUCUCAAGAUGGCAAAGAAAGUAAACGUCGUACCCUUAAUGCGUAAAGUCGCCGGCCUGACGAGUCUCGCCUCCUUCGGCAUCUACGGCGCCAUGGGUCAAUACCAGGCCAUGUUGGAGGCAGAGGCCAAGAAGAAGAGAAUCGCGGAGGAAGACGAGGCCUGGAGAAGAUGUAAACAGGAAUUGUGGGAGCAAGGGCAUUCCAUGUCGCCUGGAUCGGGUAUCCUCAGCGAUGGAUCGUAUCCCUUCGCGUUGUUUUACCACUAGUAAGGCGUGGGCGGAGUGGUUAAGUUGAGAUAUAGGAAGGCAUGGG